UACUAUAGUGUUUUUCUGUAUUGCUAACAGGAGGAUCGUUUCGUGCUUAGUGAUAUAAGUAUUCCGGUUCUGAUUAUUUAUAUAUCUUAUGCUAUAUAUAACCCGCUAAAAACUUGAAAAUUUGAAAGUUUGAAGAAAGAGAUUUUGAAAUAUUGGUAAAAGUUUUGAUGAUAAUCCAUAGACGACGAAAUUUGAGGAAAAAAAGAAGAAGAUAAAAUCAAUCUCAUUAAUUGACACUGACUUAGAUUUUACAGUGUUUGAUAAAAUAUACUGGAAUGUCUAAAAACGGACCUAUCGUGUUAUUCGUUUUCAUCUUCUCUCUUGGUUUCUACACUCUUUGUUUUACAGAAAGAACAGAGGAAGAAAACCAAAUUACUGAAACCGAGCUAAUAAACCAGAUUCUCAAGAAGUUAGACAAAAACAUUGCACCACCAGGGACGUACAAUACCACACAGAAAAUAUCGUUCUUAUUUGUGCUGUUGUUCAUUUUAGACCUGGAGGAGAAAACUGGGAUUCUUAGUACAGUAGCAGUACCAAUUAUGUUCUGGAAAGAUGAACGUUUGUUUUGGAACACUGAGGAAACCAACGGCAUUUGGUACAUUCGUAUCCCUAGAGAGAAUAUUUGGAAACCACAAUUCUCUGUUCUUAAUCGUGGAAAGAUGGAAGAGACAGGCACAAAUAAUCCGAUUCUACUAUCCUCUGGCGGAACUUUAACCAGCCCCUUCCUUGAAAAUAUAUAUUCAGUAUGCGUUCCGGAUCUUCGGUACUUCCCGUUUGAUCAGCAGAAUUGUGAUAUUAUCUUAGGCUCUUCGGAACUAGAGGCUAAUAUGUUGAGCAUUGAGCCUCUUAAUUGGUUACCAAAUUUGGAACACCAUAUUAUUCUAAAAAACUAUACAGAAAAUAAUCGUUGGCAUCUUAUGAAAGCAAAGAUGGAAUACCGCAAUCUAGAUUACAUGUUCUCAAAUUCCAGCUACCAUGCUGUUGUUGUAACUUUCUCCAUCAAGCGACGGACUCCAGCGCUAGCUCUGUGUGUACUGACCCCACUAUUACUUAGCCUCGUUCUCAGCUUACUGACCUUUUGGAUUCCUCCUACGUCAUCAAUGAGGUCAGCGGUUGCUGUAACUGCCGUUUCUGCAACUUUUGGAGUUCUUCUAACGUUAGCACACAUACUUCCUUCUACGGCAACAAGCCGUCCUAUGUUAGUUGAUUUUGUAGCUGCAUCGCUGAUGGUGGCGCUUUUGUCAGUCAUUCAUACGGUCAUGGCAUUAGCAAUCAGAAAACUGGAUGUUUCUUAUCCACUGAUUUUUGAGCAACUGAACAACCUUCCUGAUUGGUUGAUUCAAUUUCUCUGCAUUUCAAACUAUAGAGAGGCUAAGGAAGCAGAAGAAAGAUUUCUGGUCAUGGAAAACUAUACAGAUGUUCAAGAAACACCUUCCCAAGUGCCAGAAGAUACAGACAUCUCGACACGCAAUAAAGAUCGAAUAAAAUGGAGAGUUUUCAUGCUAGUAAUUGAUCGUUUUUUUUUCUGGUUUUAUGUUUUAUUCAGUGUCGUUCUGUUUAUCAUAAUUCUCUCUUCCGAAUAAUCAGAAACUUUUAUACAUCUAAAUUUCCUUUAGUAAUAUUCCAAAUAUUCAGGAAUAUCUCCGUUUCUUUUUUGUGCUUGAAAAUUCACAGAAACAUAGUGGUAAUCUGUGUUGUGAUAGAGUUUCGCCAGCUUUAAACCAAGGGACAACGCAUGUUCGGGAUUCAUGUCAUUUUGUUGUCAGAAGCAGUUUUUAAAAAGUUAAUCUGACUGAAAAUCCAGUAGAAACAAUUCCAGAUUAUGUAUGACCACAGGGUUGUCUUUAGAAUGAGAAAUGUGAUUGUAAAUGUGAAACAAUAAUUAACUGUAUGUUAUAUAAUAAUAAAAUUGACUACUGGAGUCGCGGGUUUAACUUCAUUAUUUAGUUUGUUAUAAUUUUAAGAGUUUAAUGUAAUAAAACACUCGUUUAAAAAUUAGCUUCUUUGAACAUUGAAUUUUCAGCUAUUUCUGUUAUUUCUCAAUGAAAACAAUAAACCUGUUCAACUAACAUCUGUUAUU